AUGCAGCACGUCCAGAGAAAGCCCAGGAUCAAACGCAUCAGAGAUGUCCACGUUUCCAAUCCAACAUUCCCGGUAAAUGUGUUCAUAAAUAUACUACGCAAUAAAGGCAGUCUCCCUGUCGCAUCUAGUGACAACAUACAUGAGAGAAACAGUGCUGCCGAGGCGGAUAAUGCUUCACAUGUUGAGGACAGUGCAAAGUCAGCCCCUGUAAAGCUUCACAGAUUGAGUCGAACUCGUAAACUCAAAUAUGGAAGUGUCAAAGCAGAGCAACACAAUAAUAUAAUAAAAGAGGCCAAAUCACACCACCAGCCGGUCCAGGCUUCAGAUGUGCACCACAGAGAACCAUUCUCUGAAGAUGCUCUCUGGACAGACACAUACUGCCCUCGUCACUCCAGUGAAGUCAUCGGAAACACAGCAGCAAUAGAAGAACUGCACAGGUGGUUGAACAAGUGGAAGAAGAAAUCUGAUGUUGAGGACAAGAAGAUUUCAACAGAAAAACAAAAUAAAUCACAUAGCAAUGAUUUGUGGGACUGUGGAGACUUUGAGGGUGAGGCUGGAUCUGACUCUGAGGCAGAGGAGCAGCUGCACAACACCAUCCUCAUCUCAGGACCCCCGGGAGUGGGGAAGACCGCCGCCGUUUACGCCUGUGCCCUGGAACUUGGGUUCAAAGUUUUUGAAGUAAAUUGCUCCUCACAGCGUAGUGGAAGAGACAUGUUGGCCCAGCUUAAAGAGGCCACCCAAUCGCAUCAGCUGGAGACCUCCGCUACGGACCCUCUAAAGCCAGCUUUCUACAACAGCUACAACAGAAGCUACGGGAAAUCCGAGAAAUUACCUGAUAGGAUAGCAAAGUCGCAGAAAAAGGCACCCAUCUCCAUUUGCAAAAAGAAGCCAGUACAGACAAGGUCCAGCUGCAGAAACCGUGUGAAACGGAUCACUUUGACCAACUAUUUCAAAACAAAGGCAAAAGCUGAUUAUUUAUACUCAAGUGGGGCUCCACCGUCUAAGAAACUACAAAAAAGUGCAGGUCCAGAAACACACAACAGCCCGAAUGGAAAAACCAAACAAGAUAUGAUGAUGUCUCUCAUUCUGUUUGAAGAGGUCGAUGUCAUAUUUGAGGAUGAUGUAGGAUUUCUUACAGCGGUAAAGACGUUUAUGACAACCACAAAAAGACCUGUUGUCCUAAUGACCAGUGAUCCAUUGUUCAGAGAGAAAUUCAACUCUGACUUGGUUGAAAUCAUUUUUGAAACUCCCUCCAGGGCUGACGUCUGCAGCUACUUGCAGCUGGUUUGUUUGGCUCAGAAGGUGCGGCUCGACUCAGAAGAUGCAAACACUCUUUUCUCAGCGACAGGCGGCGAUGUGCGGCGCGCUCUGCUACAGCUGCAGUUCUGGGCCAACAGCGGCGCAGGAGGUCUCCAAAUCGAUGACGGAGAAUCCACUUACAAAGGCUGCAGCGCCAACAUGUUAGGCCUUCAGUCCAUCACUAAAAAUCAUUUGUUCCAGUUUUUACAACUUACUUUAUCGACAAAGCAACAGAUGGCUGAACUACAUCAGGCCGUGGUGGAAAGUUGGAGAAAUGGCUUCCCAAUAUUGUAUUCCAACCUAGAGUUCCUUCUACACAUAGACUCAAUGGACUGUUUGACUGCUUUGUCUGAUUUCUUGGACGCCAUGUCGUUCAUUGAUGCCACAUUUCCAGCAGCUCAACAUCCAUGUAACCUGGAGGACUUUGUUUGGACUGGGGCAAAGGUACAGGACGGGCUACUGGACAAGCUGAGAGAGGAGGAGGAGGAAGAGGAUGAAGACCAAGAGAUGAAGCUGGACAUGAGGGCCACACUGGAGGCUCUGGGUGUUCACCGAUGCGGGAGGAAAGCGGCUUUGCAAGUUCAGAAAUCCAGACAAGGACAUGCAGAAAACCUCCGUUAUGUCAGUCCCAAUCGACACGUUGUUUCACAUAGGUUUGAUCUCUACAAGAAAGUCCUCAGCAGCCAAUACUUCGGCCUGCUCCACAACACACGAGCGGCCGGCCAGGACUACCUCCCUGUCAUACGCUACAUAUGCCGCAUUCACAGGAAACAAAAAACUCUCAGGUGUAUCAACACUUUCAGAACUCCACUAGGACUGACAAAAGAAAUGGUUCGACUUUUAGCUGGUGAAUUCUCUGAAGACCAAACGAAAAUGGAAAACGAUGCUACCUCAAUAAGCUGA